GCGCACACGCACCGGGGGAAACGGCAGGUUCCGGUCGCGCCCGGGCCGAACCGCGGGGUGUGAGCCGCGCGGGCCGCCGUAGUCAGCUGCCGCGAGCAGGAAGUGUCCGAAGGCGGGCGGAGACAGCGCGAUGGCCCCGGACCCCUGGUUCUCCACGUACGAUGCCACCUGCCAAAUUGCACAAGACAUCGCCGAGAAAAUCCAACAGCAAAAUCAGCAUGGAAGAAGUGGUGAAAAUACAAUCAGGCUGACCGUGACAAUCAGAGCUUUGUUGCAGAGUCUGAAGGAAAAGAUCGCCCUUUUGAAGGACUUAUUGCUAAGAGCUGUGUCAACACAUCAGAUAACACAGCUUGAAGGAGACCGGAGACAGAACCUUCUGGAUGAACUCAUAACCCGGGAGAGGCUACUUCUGGCAUCCUUUAAGAACGAGGGGGCAGAGCCCGAUCUCAUCAGGUCCAGCCUGAUGACUGGAGGGGCUAAGCGAGGGGUACCCAACCCUUGGCUCUUCGAGGAGCCAGAGGAGACCAGAGGCCUGGGUUUUGAUGAAAUCCGGCAACAGCAGCAGAAAAUUAUCCAAGAACAGGAUGCAGGCCUCGAUGCCCUGUCCUCUAUCAUAAGUCGCCAGAAACAGAUGGGAAAGGAGAUUGGGAAUGAACUAGAUGAACAAAAUGAGAUAAUUGAUGACCUCGCCAACCUGGUGGAGAACACAGACGGGAAACUCCGCACGGAGACCAGGCGUAUGAACAUAGUGGACAGAAAGUCAACGUCUUGCGGUGGUCCCUGCUUUCAUAACCUCAGAGCACCUUAGCCCCAUCGUGUCUGGAAACCCAUCAGGAACCGAGCUACCACCCUAAUUAUGUACUCGAAGGAAUGACGUUCCAUCUUCUGGCCAUGCACGAUGUGCAGUUUCCCCGGACUUUGUCACGGACAACUUGAUGAUAGUUGGGGAUAUCCUCACGAGCCCUAAGACAACCACUGGCCUGUCAUGGUGUAACUGGGAGCUGGCUGGUCUUUGUCAAAGGUUUGUCGCCGAUGACAGAGGCUUUCUGCUUAUUAGCAUACAUACCCUCUGGUGGCAAGGACCAUCUUUAUUUAAGUCUGACUUAGACUCUGAAUUAUUCUAGAAGGACUCCUGCUUUCAGAAGGCGUGUAGACCAGAUGACCUCCAAGGUCCCUUCCGUGUGAGCACACGCCAACACUCCUGUCCAUCGCCAAGGGCGCAUGACCCAACAGGUUCUGCCUCAGGACACGGGACUCCUUGGCUGUCGGUUAGCUGAGAGGUUCUCAGGGUAGAAACCCCACAACAGAGUCCAGCUUUAUAUCAGAAGAAACUCGGCUGUAGGCGACAGAAACCGUCUCUGAGCACUUAAGUGCAAAAGGAAUUUAUUGAAAGGAUAUUGAGAAGUUUGAAAAAGAAAUCGUCAAGAAGGCCGGCGAACCAGGCCACAACAUGGAGAGAAACCCAACGGUGCCUGCAACCUCACCGCAGAACCUUCUGGAAGAGUCCUCCACACUGGCUGGCCCUGCCGCUGAUGUUCCUGGAGAAUUGACGUUCCUGUGGCCAUGACCAGAGUGAAUGUCCCACGGUCCUCACUCAUAGCACCCGAGUGGCAGGGAGCCAGGGGAUGCCAACGGUGGGCCCUUUGCCCCUCCCCCCCACCAAGACCCACAGAGCAAAGAAUUC